AUGGCCGCCGCCGCGCAGUACCUGCCGCGUGGCAGCCCUCUCCUGCCGGUGCCGCCCGCGGAGGCCGAGCGCCUCCACCCGGGCGCCACGUACCGCGAGGUCCAGAAGAUGAUGCACCACGAGUACCUGCAGGGCCUGGCCGCCGCCCCCGGACACUCCAUCGGCAGCCUCCCGCCCCAGUGGCUGCCGGGCGCCACGGGCGACUGGGGCGGUGGCGGGGCCCACCUGGAGCACGCGAAGGGCGGCGGGGCAGGGCUGCGCGGGGACCUCGACGCCGGUGGCGGCUUCCACUCGCGCUCGCACCUGGUGCACCAGCAGGCGGCGGGCGGCGGCGGGGGCCACUGGGCGCAGGCCGCUCCCGCUCACCACCUGGGGGGCUGCCCCUCCGCCAUGUCCCCCACGGCCGGCGGGCAUCAGCCGCUGCUCUACUCGCAGGCCGCCUACCCCGGCCUCAACGGGAUGCUGGGCCCGCAGGGGCCCGCGCUGCACCUGCCCCACAGCCACGUCCCGCACGGCCACGACGAGGCGUCCGAGGCCCACCUCGAGGGCUCGCCGCAGCACCUGGGCCACCCGGGCCACGAGCCGCCGUCGGACGAGGACGCGCCCAGCUCGGACGACCUGGAGCAGUUCGCCAAGCAGUUCAAGCAGCGGCGCAUCAAGCUGGGCUUCACGCAGGCCGACGUGGGGCUGGCGCUGGGCACCCUGUACGGCAACGUCUUCUCGCAGACCACCAUCUGCCGCUUCGAGGCGCUGCAGCUGAGCUUCAAGAACAUGUGCAAGCUGAAGCCCCUCCUCAACAAGUGGCUGGAGGAGACCGACUCGAGCACCGGCAGCCCGGCCAGCCUCGACAAGAUCGCCGCCCAGGGCCGCAAGCGCAAGAAGCGCACCUCCAUCGAGGUGGGCGUCAAGGGCGCGCUGGAGAGCCACUUCCUCAAGUGCCCCAAGCCCUCGGCUCACGAGAUCACGUCGCUGGCCGACGCGCUGCAGCUGGAGAAGGAGGUGGUGCGCGUCUGGUUCUGCAACCGACGGCAGAAGGAGAAGCGCAUGACGCCCGCGGGCGGCCCGCACCCGCCCGCCAUGGAGGACGUUUACUCACAGGGGGAGGCCUCGCCGCCGCCGCCGCCGCUGCACCACUCGCUCCAGAGCGCGGCCGUGCAGUGA